AUGUUCUUCUUGCCGGAGCAUUUCCAUGGUGGCAACACAUCGUCAUUUGACGAGGUUGAAUGUGCAGUGUGCUUAAGAAGAAUUGACGAUGAUGAUGAGGUUAGUGAGUUGAGGUGCGAUCAUGUCUGCCAUAGAAGUUGCUUGGAUAUAUGGCUCGAUUGUAGACACACGACAUGUCCUUCAUGCCAUGAUAACUUGUUGGUUCCCCAGAAGCUCCAUACUAGCCAUAGCCAGGGUUUUGGAAGUCAAGAAGUGUUGUUCUUUGAUUUCUGCCGUAGGGAUUCAAAUACAGAUUAUGGUACAUGGUGGCUAAGGUGA